AUGCGAGCUUGUGGCCGAAUCCAAGCCUCCGCUUCCAUGUCCUACAACGAGAAACAUCCAAUCCUACUGCCACCCGCAUCCCUCCUCGUUCGCCUGCUGGUGCGUUUCACUCAUCACAUAGUCCUCCAUGGUGAAAACCAGCUGGCCACGUCCGACUUAUCCACUGACACCUUCCUAGCCGCUUUCACUCUUUUUGUCGCGAGACGAGGGUGCCCUCACGAGGUCCAAUCCGACAACGGCAGUAAUUUCGUCGGCGCAUCUCGUGCUCUGGCUGUUGACCUUCUCGAGGCCAUCCGAACUUGGACUUCUGCGGUGUACAGUCAGCAGGGCUUAUCGUGGCGGUUCAUCCCUCCGGGAGCCCCACACAUGGGUGGCCUUUGGGAAGCAGGCGUGAAGAGUUUCAAGACUCUGUUCCAACGGUCGAUGUAUACGGCCAAAUAUACAUUGGAGGAGUUCGCCACCUUACUCUCCAAAAAUGAGGCCUGCCUUAACUCUCGACCGAUCUCUCCUAUGUCCGAGGACCCAAAUGACCCGCUGGCUCUAAGCCCAGGUCACUUCCUGAUCGGCGGGCCGCUACUCUCCGUGGCGGAGCCUGAAAUCAAAGAGAGCGCCUCCUCCAUCCUGAACCGCUGGCAACAUCUCCAGGCUCUAAACCAGCAAUUCUGUUCGCGCUGGAAGACGGAGUACCUACGAGAGUUGCACAAGCGAACCAAAUGGCAGCAUCCAACAAGAGACCUAGAGGUGGGAGACCUCGUUGUUAUCAAGGAGGAUAACAUCCCCUCUCAUGAAUGGCGUCUCGGACGGGUACAAAAAACGUACCCUGGGCCCGAUGAUAAGGUCCGUGUGAUAGACCUUACCACGGUCCGAGGCCUUAUCAAAAGACCGAUUACCAAGGUCGUCCUGCUGCCUAUGGAGUCGGAGAUCCAGUCCACCUACUCCCGCGUAGGAUCCGAUCCAUAA